AUGAAGAACAGAGGAGGUUCCUUGGCCCUCCUUGCGGGAUGCCUCCUCAUAAGCACCACACAGGCAACAGAUGGGCCAACAGAAGCGGAGGCAAUGAGACACGACAUCCUUCAGGAGAGCCCAAGACCCAGCUCCUCGACCGCCCCGUCCUUCUCCCUGUCACCUUCUAACUCGAGCCAAGGAGAAGACCCCCUGAGACACUGGAGACGCGUCAAAGGCAUCUUCUCGAACAUGGAGUCUAUCCUGGAGAAGCUCUACGAGGGAGAGAUCAGGUCAGGUCAUGUUCCUCUACAUUUAAUACCGAAGAUGAUGCUCGUCGGCGAUGCUGUCUACGGUGCGAAGACGAUUUAUAAAAGACUCGAUCCCGAUUUGGUCGAUUUGGUAAGAGAAAAGUUGAGUUCUGGGUUCCUGAGGAGGUUCAAGGAGCCCCUGGGAGAGAUCCUGACCGUUCCGGACGUCCAGGAGAUCGUCGACGACCUCGUGACCAGGUUCGUCGUCGAGACCGGCCACUUCCUCCACCACCAGGCCAUGACCUUCGCCCACGAACUCGAGUUCGUGACCGAGCUCAUGUUGUCCUCGGGGUUCGAGAAGGAGGAGAUUUCGGUCGUCCUCAAGCUCCUUGGCCUUCCUCCCUUUCCUCGAGAGAUAGAGGGGUACUCAGGAGAACCUCCCCUGGAUGAUUCUCCUGUAGAAGCCGCCGUAGACGGUUCCCGACGGCGUUCGAGAGACAGGAGGUUCAAUUCCAACAGGAGGAAUUCCGAGUAUGACUACCCAGCGGGCGGGUACGGUUACCAAGGCGGGUACUCGGGUGGCUACGGAGGCGGCGGAGGCUACGGAGGGGGCUACAGUGCUGACGGAUACGGCGGGGGCUACGACGCGGGAGGCUACGGGGGCUACGGGGGCUAUAUGCAAGACAUGUCCAAGAUCGACCCUUUCGUCAUCCUGGGCGGACUGGCCUUCCUCACCCUCUGCUCCUACGUGACCUUCCUCGUCCUCUCCAGCAAGACGAGGAAGCGCAGCGUGCCGGACUUGAGCCUCGACCUUUCCGAUCUUCCGAAUCUGAACUUGAUCUUCGAGGCGAUGGACGAGGAGUCUUUCGGGGCCUCGAAGCAGGGUACUGAGGACCUCCUCGCCGUCAUCCCACACGAGGUAAAUCUAAUGUGGAGGAACUACAAGCAAGAUCCAAGCACAGGGUCUUGCAUGCAGCAGUUCUUGUGCGAGAGUGUCUUCCGUCGCACACAGCAACACCUCCUCAGUUCGAACGAUUUUCUGAUACAGAUUAUAAGUAUUUUUAAUAAUCUAAAUAAUGAUAUAAUCCUGUCAUCAUGCCACAUUUUACCGAGGGCUACACUAUGGAAUUCAGUUCCGUCAAAAUUUUACUUGAGGCAGAUCAGUUCAGUUUACCUGGGUGAAGGGUCGCCCAAGGCGCACUACCUGCGGUACAAAGUCGGCCUGUAA